AUGGCCGGUGCCAACGCGCCUGGGCGGGGUCUGAAUCAGGCGAUGGCCGAUUACGCCUUCCAAUCCUGUGGCGGCAAAGGGGCGGCUGGCUAUGGAAACAGACAGAUGCCCUUGGGCGCUUCGCGAGCACCAGGAGCCCACCUCGCGCCCCAGCCUGGCAUGAUGGCCGGCUCAGGAACAGGCAGUGCAGGCAGUGCUGUUAUGGCAUCUGCCUUGCAUUCUUUGCAGAUGUUCCAGGGGGCAGAUGGAUAUGGUGCGGCCGAAGAAGCCACUGAAAGGCAGCGAGCUGCGGCGGAGGCGUUGGCCGGUCUUCACACUGGUCCUCAGAGCAACCUACGAGCUGGUGACACUGAUGUGCGGGCUGCAGCUACAAAUGCAGCCAUGGAAAAUGCCAGGAGGUUAAAAGAUUCGCCCUUGGUGCAGGGUUUGCCUCAACGGAACGCGAGCGCUCCGCAAGGUCAAGAAGAGGGGCGUUACACGGGAAUUCUCAAGGUCUUCAGGCCUGAGCAUGGUUGGGGUUUUAUUGAGAACGCAGAGCUGAAGGGCAAGUAUGGCUAUGAUGUUUUCCUCAACCAGGCUGUGGAGGGCGGAAUCAAACUGGGCAGCCUUGUUAGCUUCACUCUGGAGAUCAGCAAGGAUGGCAAGCCCCAGGCACGCAAUGCCAGGAUGGAGGCCGAGAAAGUGGACAAACGGCAAAACUCCAAUCAAGGACCGCCGGCGAAGGAUUUAGUCGGAAAGGUGUUCCGGGGGCGGGUGAAGUCCUUCAAUUCCACGAACGGCUUCGGCUUCAUCACCUGCGACGAGCUGAAGCCGACGUUCAACAAGCGAGACGUCUACGUGAAUCACACCCAGGUGCCAGGUGGCGGACCCCUGAUCUCAGGGCCGUGCCCCAAGCAGAGUGGGUCACUGGAGGUGUCUUCGACAGGGAUGACCAUCUUGUUUUCGGGUCCGCCUUUCAAGGGAUUUCCUGCCCGGGGUUUGGGUGCUUCACGCCUUGGGCUUCAGUGGCUUUGCAAAGUCAGGCCGUUCCAGGUCACUUCUUUUCCAACCAGGAUGGCAAUCAGUUCUUCUUCCGGGAGCUACAGUUCUACUCGGGCAGGCAGACUUGGAGAAUAUCUGUCCCAUAGUGCAGACUGA